AGUCAUAGGUCUCAUCAAUUUAUAACAGCUAGAAAUGGCACAGCAUUCAAUUUGUUUUCCUCAAAAAGAAUUGAUUCGCUGAAUCUCUCUCUAUCUCUGCAAUUUCUUUUUAACCUUUUUACCAAAAAAUAAAAAAAUAAAAAAAAAAUCUACCAUUACAUACAUACAUAUAUACAUGCAGAGGGACUGUAUACUUCUGUGAAGGGUGCACUUGGUUUUGUGUUUUCUGCGUACAGUGAAGAUGGUGAUGAGUUGGAGGAGAAUUUUCAAGUCACUGCAAGCGGUGGUGGCUCAUGGGCUGCCUUUUUCUUUCACUUUGUUUCUUAGCCUCAAGCUUUGCCGUGCUGUUAAUUACUCUUGGUGGUUGAUAUUUUCUCCACUCUGGUUAUUUCAUGCAGUUGUGGCAAGGGGUAGAUUCUCCUUGCCUGCUCCAUCAAUGCCUCAUGGUCGCCAUUGGGCACCAUUUCAUGCCAUCGUGGCUACACCAUUGCUCGUUGCUUUUGAACUACUCCUUUGUGUGCACCUUGAGAGAAGAUACGAUGUAAAUUUGAAGAUAGUUUUUCUUCCUCUGCUGGCAUUAGAAACAACAAUUUUGGUUGAUAACAUUAGGAUGUGUAGGGCACUUAUGCCUGGAGAUGAUGAAUGCAUCACCGAUGAGGCUAUAUGGGAGACUCUUCCACACUUUUGGGUUACAAUCUCUAUGGUCUUCUUCAUUGCUGCAACAACGUUUACACUUCUGAAGCUAUGCGGUGAUGUUGCUGCUCUUGGUUGGUGGGAUCUAUUUAUCAACUACGGUGUUGCCGAGUGCUUCGCCUUUCUUAUUUGCACAAAGUGGUAUAAUCCUGCAAUUCAUAGGGGUUCUCAUCUUACGAGAGCCGGUUCAUCGGCACCAAGUGUUAGACAUCUUAGCUCUAGUAGCAGUAUGAUGGCAUUUUCAGAUGAAGAUCAACAGAAUAGAGUAUGCAGUUUGCAAGACAUUGGUGGGCAUAUAAUGAAAAUUCCCUUUGUUGUUUUUCAGUUGAUGCUAUUCAUGCACUUAGAGGGAACACCACCUGGUGCUAAACAUAUUCCAAUUCCAGUUUUGUUUUCUCCUCUCCUCCUGCUGCAAGGAGCUGGAUUUUUGUUUGCUAUUUUUAGGCUUUUGGAGAAAAUCAUUCUUUUUCUACACCAUGAAGGUGAUACCGGAAGCCAUUUUAUGAUAUCACAAAGCGUCCGUGAUUAUUUUGAUUUUUUGCAUCAUGGAUCUAGGUUCCUUGGUUGGUGGUCAAUUGAUGAAGGAAGUCGAGAGGAACAAGCUCAGUUAUAUUGUGCCGGGGAAUUGGGAAUUAAACAUAUUUAUGAUGGAGAAAUGCCUGAAGGAAAUCAGGAUUUCAGACCUUAGAGCCGUCAAGUCAUUCCACAAAACCAAAAAAGAUUUUUCUUAAGUUUCAAAUUUACUCUUCAAUUUCAUUAUGAGUUGUCUUAUUAUCAUUCUCAAGUGCUAGAUGAAGAUAGAAUUCAUAUUGAACUUGAUGUAAAACUCAAACGUCAUAAGCCUAUCUGUCAUCAUUCUCAAAACCUCUCUCGUUAUUAUAUAAAGGAUGGGCCAAAUGGAUUUCGAAUAUGACUAGAUCUUUGCUAUGUAUGUUAGAAAGGAAGUUGUUAGAUUUUGAUGUAGAUUUAAUAUUUUAUCUGCCAAAGAAAUGAGAAUGUUAAAAUUGCCUCAGAGUGACACAAAGAGGGCAUUUGGUGUAUCUUCUUUUUCCAUUUUCCUUAUUCCCUCAUGGAUUGUAGUGUCGGCCUGGAACUUUGAAGACUCUAAAGAAAGUUGGAGUAUAUUUUGCUCUAGACCAAAGUCAUAAUUUUAUCUAAAGUGAAGACUUUGGGCCGGCCAUUCAUCAUGUCAGGGCACCCAGAUCUAUCCAGUUUAGGAGAUCAGAUCUACAUCACCAUACUCUGCUCUUGGGUCUCCUAUAUUUCUUCUGUUCAGUUUAACAAUAUUUAGAACAUGUUAUACUGAAAAAUAAAACCAUUUUUUUAUCUUAUAGCUACAUAUACCUUGGAUUUUUGGCUCGACGUUAAUAGCUGCUCUUACAGUUCUAGUGCUAUAAAGUUAUUGGACACUGUGUAAUAGUGAAUUGAGCAAGCAUGGCUGUUUAUUUAAUUGGCUGAUACGCAUUCAUUUGUUUGU